AUGAGCACCUUCGCCGAUCCAUCCGGAAAAGCGGCGGAGGGAAGGCGCAAUCGAUUCAAUCCCCGCGCCCCUGACGACGACGCGACGAGCGAGAGCGAGAGCGAGGACGAUCACUCCUUUUCGGACCUCAGCGAUGGGGAGGACGCGCUCGAGAUCCACGAGGGCCGCGCGGAUUCCCGGCGAAAGCGGCAAUUAGUCCCGAGCCUGAGCAAACUCACCACCCAGGAGCUCGUUCGUGAGCAGCGCAAGCAAACCCUCCUCAGCCACCGCGAGCUGCAAAAGGAAAGGCGGAAGGGCAAAAAUGCCCCCGCGUCGGCCGGGUCGAAUGCAACCGGAAAAGGAAAGGCGGGCGGGAAGGAAAGCGAUUUCGAGGUGGUCCCGGUCGCGAUGACCGACCCGGCGGUUCGCGCGCGGACCCUGGCGAUCGCGCAAAAAAUGCUCGACCCGAAGGCCCGCCGGGAUAUCCUCGACGCCUCGAUCAACCGCUUUCUUUUCAACGACGAUGACGACCUGCCGGACUGGUUCGUGAAGGACGAGCAGCGAAAUUGCAAAGUUCAGCUGCCGGUCACCGCCGAGGAGAUCGAGGUCCAGCGGCGGCGCUUCCAGGAGCUCAACGCCCGCCCGAGCCGGAAGGUGAUGGAGGCGGUGGGGCGAAAACGCCGAAAGGCCCAGCGAAUGCUCCAUAAAUUGGUGGAGAAGGGCAAGGACGACCCACGCGCGCGGGAAAAGGUGAGCGGGCUAAGCGUGCGGAAGCUCAUGCGCUCCCAAGCGGUGAAGGGGGCGCCGAAGAAGGCGAGUAAGUAUAUGGAUAGCAUGUCCUAUGGGCAACUUCGUCGGGAAAAGCAGCGACAAAAACGACAGAAAGGGAAAAAGGGACGGUAA